AAGAAAUAUUAUAUUAUUAUUGUGUAUUAUAAUUUUAAUAUAUUAAUAACAUAAAUGGCUCGCCGGUAUGAUACUAGAACAACGAUCUUCUCGCCGGAAGGUCGAUUAUAUCAAGUUGAAUAUGCAAUGGAAGCAGUAAGUCAUGCUGGCACUUGCUUAGGCAUAAAGGCAUCUGAUGGAAUUAUUCUAGCUGCAGAACGAAGAAACACUCAUAAACUUUUGGAUGAAGUGUUUUCUUCAGAGAAAAUAUACACGUUGAAUGAUGAUAUGGUGUGUUCAGUUGCUGGUAUCACUGCCGAUGCCAAUGUUUUAACUACUGAGCUACGUUUAAUUGCACAACGUUACUUGCUCCAAUAUGCAGAACCUAUUCCUUGUGAACAAUUGGUUUCUGCUUUGUGUGAUGUGAAACAGGCUUAUACUCAGUAUGGUGGUAAAAGGCCUUUUGGAGUUUCGCUGCUUUAUAUGGGAUGGGACAGACAUUAUGGAUAUCAGUUAUAUCAGAGUGAUCCCAGUGGAAACUAUAGUGGUUGGAAGGCCACUUGCAUUGGCAAUAAUAGCGCUGCCGCUGUUUCCAGUUUAAAACAAGAAUAUAAAGAAAACAUGACUUUAAAGGAAGCUCAAGAACUUGCUAUUGUUGUUUUAAGCAAAACUUUGGAUAUGACUAAAUUAACCUCGGAUAAAGUUGAAAUGGCAUCGUUGCAACGGAUAAAUGGGAAAACAAAAAUAAAAAUUUUAAGUAACACUGAAGUAGAUGCAUUAAUAGCUAAUUAUGAGAAAGCUGAAGCAGCAGCUGAAGCUGCCAAAGCUGCUGCAAUGAGUUCAAAACCAUCAAGCAGUUAAAUUGUAAACUGAAUCUAAAUUUUUGUAUUACAAGAAAUAAAUAAAAAAUAUCAUAUUUAAAACAGAAAAUUUGCAAUAACUUCAUCCACCAAAAAAUAUUUUCUAAAGCAAAUAAUAA